AUGAGGGCGGAGCAGAUGAAAGCUGAAGGCUCGUUUUAUGAACCUGGCGAGGGAAGGCCACGAAUGGUCAAGUGCACGGAGUGGACUGUGGAGCAGGCGAUUCCAGCGUUAUACGCGGAUUCACCUAACCUUUACCCCGAGCGCAUUGUCCCGGCCUUCUCGCAUGGAAUCAUUGGCCCGCAUCGGUCACCAUGUCGGCCACCUGACUUUCUCAAUGCCACACACGGAAUCAACCUUUCUUCCUCCGCUUCUGAAUCCCGUCACUGGCCGAGAAGUCAACUACGACGAGACUGUGGUCUUCUCGCAUUCCCAGAGGCACCAGUUAAGCAGAUUAUUGCAGAUCUCGCGCGGCAGCCACUCGUUUUUAUCACCCUCAGGGACUACUGUCUGGAACUCGCGCGGGAAACCAUAUGCCAACCCAGACUCUCCAAGGACGAAGCAAAUGUGGGAGAGGUAUGA